AUGGCGCUCAAGACGCUCCUCCUAGUCCUCGUCACGGCCCUCGCCGGCACAAUGGCAGCAGACUUCUCGGGCAACGGACAGUUGCGCACUCUUGGGCUCCUGCCGGAUCCCGUGGACCUGGGCUGCCUGACCAACGAGGGGAAAUGGACGACCGACGAGGCCAAGUGCGGCACUUUUGUUGCUUUCCUGUUCGAUGAGGUCAACUUCAACCUGUCGACCCCCACGGGCGCGUGCGGCAUGCCCUGGUGGGGCGACGGCAACACAUAUCUAUUCAAGUGCGGCAUGGCAGAGGGCCAGAUUUUUGCGAAAUACCUGGGAGACAAGCCUGGCCAGAGCCCGAUUCCGGGAAGAGACAUCUUGAGAUAUGUAACGGCCUAUGCCUGGUCUACCUCCGGUCCUAGCCCCCCUGCGCCUAGCGAUGAGCCUUUGGAAAUCCACAUGUGGCGUGGGUCGUCGAAGGACAAGGGCAGGCCGAUAGCCCUGGCAUGGAAGUCGUUGGCUUAGGCCGAGACGGUGGCAAGAUUGCUGUAGACAAGACGCCUAACUGGAAAUGAUGUUAUUUUGGU